AGGCCGCCGAGCCUGACGGCCCCCGGCCCGCGCGGCUGCUCGGCGCGGUGGCGCGGUGGCUGCUGCGCAGCGUGGCUCCCCGAGCGAUGGCGAUCUACACGGUCGCGGCUGCGCUGAAUUUCGCCGUGUUCUUAAGGCACGGCGUCUUCUGCGCGCUCUCCGACCGCUUGCUGGGCAUCCGCAUGGUCCACAUCGACCCCACCGCGCGGAGGCAGGUCGCCUUCGAGCAGAUGAACCGGGUGAUGAUGUGGAACGGCAUGAGAGAGCUCUUGAUGACCGCCGUGCCACUGGUCGACCUUUCGAGGGUCCGGCGGAGGCUGACGAGGGCGCUCUUCCCCGAGGC